AUGUCCUCGUCAGGCUGCUGUCACCUGCCUGGAUCACUGUGUGACUACUCUGGGACUGCAGAAUCCGAAACCUCCAAAGAUUCCGAGGAGUCAGACUCCACCACCCAGGCUCAGUACGUGGCCAAAGUGACUGCUAAGGAUGGACGCCCACUUUCCACUGUAGUCAAGGCCGUCAGUUUGCAGAGCGAUGUUGGCAUGUGUCGGAUCUGCCAUGAGGGAGCUGGAGGGGAGACUCUGCUGUCCCCCUGUGACUGCACCGGAACUCUGGGCAAAGUGCACAAGAGCUGCCUGGAGAAGUGGCUAUCGUCCUCCAACACCAGCUACUGCGAGCUCUGUCACACUGAGUUCACCAUUGAGCGCCGACCACAGCCUCUCACACAGGUACAGGACAUGACCCUGGAAUCACUGGAACUGCGCCUCCAGGCAGAGUGGCUGAAGGACCCAGGUCCACGCAGUGAGAAGCGUACUCUACUUUGUGACAUGGCAUGCUUCCUGCUCAUCACGCCACUCGCAGCCAUCUCUGGCUGGCUGUGUCUGAGAGGAGCUCAGGACCAUCUCCAGCUCAAGAGCAGACUGGAGGCUGUAGGACUCAUCGCACUCACCAUUGCUCUCUUCACCAUUUAUAUCCUCUGGACACUGGUGUCCUUUCGUUAUCACUGUCAGUUGUACUCUGAGUGGCGACGGACCAAUCAGAAGGUGCGCUUGCUUAUGCCCGACAUUAAAGGGGGCCACACCACCCAGCGUUCGAUGCCGACCAAGUCGACCAAGAAAAUGACUGAUGAGACCAUCGUAUGA